CACAAAAGCCUUAAAAUAAGAAAAAAUGGGAGGUGAAGAUUAAUGAAAGGUGUUGUCGUUGGUGGAUGUAGCCUAAAGGAUAAAAUGAGAGAAAUCUCUGAUAAUAAAAUCAAAGUUUUUAUUAUGAAUCAGAAGUUAUCAAUACAAGAAGACAAUCCCUCAAUUUAUAGUGAAUUGAAAAGCAAACUAAUUCUAAUCCUAAUCAAUCAAAGAAACUAAUUCAAAUUCUAAUAAACUAAGAAAACAAUCCUAUCCUAAUUAUUCAAGGAAACUAAACUUAAUCCAAAUUAAUUAAGGAUUUAACCAAGAUACCUUAAUAUACUCUAAUCCUAUUGCAUCAUUCUAUUCUUUAAAAAAACUUGUCCUCAAGUCUCGAAAAGAAAAUGAAAAAAAUACAAAACUUUUUUUUUCUUUUUCCCGAUGAUUUGUAAAAAUCCCAAAUAUAUACACUCAUGCCACCAAGAUUUUGCUCAACCGUUUUAGUUAAAGUUGGAGUAUCAAAGCAACCCAUAAACCCAUUUGAAAAGUUGUUGCAUAACCAAGGAUUUGGGAAGAAAUGAGUUGAAAUAGUCCCACAAAUAGGGAGGCUGCAAAGUGAAACUGGGGAGGACUGAAGCCGGGCUGGAUCAUACAAAUUCGAAGGGGUUAGAUCACGUGAAACACAUGCCAGGAAUUGAGCGCACAUGUUGGCUUGGAUCAUGUGGGUCGAGUAGAAUGGAUCAUGUGUUACCACAUAUUCUUCCUUCUUGUCUUCCAUGCAAUCGAUUGCAACCAAAGAUUCGAACUUCUUCAAAUUGGGUUGCCUAUAACUAUCGUCCUUUUCACCGAAAUUGCCUCCAUCUAUUAUCACGUCUUCUUUUUUGAACACGACUUUCCUAGUAUUUGCCCUUGAUUUUUCUUCGCUCAUUUUUCUUCCUUGCUCAAUUGGUCCAUGUGUGGGAUUCAAAUUUCUUAAGAGUUUUGUCUUUAAGUGCUUCUUGCAAGGUUCCACAACCAUGGUUGAAUUCUUGAUCUUCUUUUAAUCCAGCAAGCUUUAGGUUUUGAUAUUCUUAAAUUAUUUCUUUCUUGAACUUUUGCCAUUGUUUUGAAGUUGAUCCAUGUUUUGAGUUAUCUUUCCAAACAAAUUUUGGAUCUCUUUUACUCCCUUCUUCAUUUCCUUAAAAACUUCAAGAUUGAUGUGCAAAUUUCGAAUACUUCGUACUGAAAAGACACAAGCAGUUACAUCAUCUAAUUCUAGCAGUGCUUUGAUUGGGCGCACAAAUGAUUAUAGAGGUAAUAAGGGAGUUGAAUCAAAUAGCUUCAAAGGUCAUCCAAAUAACCAAAGAUCUAAUCUAGGAGGUGUUGUUUGCUAUUAUUGUCAUAAACCUGGCCAUACGAAGCGUGAAUGCAGAAAAUUGCUGAGUAAGGGUCAGAGGAUGCCAUCACUCUCUGUACAUGUCGCCUCUACUCUUGAUAAUCUUGACAAGUCAAUUACGAUUUUUGCAGAGGAGUUUGCUAAAUUUCAGCAGUAUCAAGAGUCAUUGAGGGCAUCAUCUUCUACUCCCAUUACGGCCAUCGCAGAGACAGGUAACAUUUCUAAAUGCCUUCUUUCCUCCACGUCAAAAUGGGUCAUUGACUCUGGCGCUACAGACCAUAUGACAGGAUCUUAUGACGAAACAGACUAUUGGUAAAGGGUGGGAAUUUGGAGGUUUUACAUCUUUGAACCACAAACACCUACGGCCAUUACAUGCUCUAGCAUGUCUUCUCCCUUUGAAGAGCAUUGUCGUUUGGGUCAUCCGUCUAUUUCUGUGUUGAAGAAUCUUCGUCCACAACUUCAACAUUUGUCUUCUUUAGAUUGUGAGUCAUGUCAGUUUGCUAAAUUUCAUCGUUUGAGUUUGUAUCCCCGAGCCAAUAAACGAGCUAGUGCUCCUUUUGAAUUAGUCCGUUCUGAUGUUUGGGGUCCAUGUCCUGUUAAGUCCAAAGGAGGGUUUAGAUAUUUUGUUACAUUUGUCGAUGACUAUUCUCGUGUUACGUGGUUAUAUUUAAUGAAAAGUCGUUCUGAGUUACUUUCUCAUUUUCGUAACUUCCAUGCUGAAAUUCAAACUUAGUUUAGUGGUGCUCUUAAAAUCCUACGAAGUGAUAAUGCUAAGGAAUAUUUCCCUCAUACACUCAAGUCUUAUUUAGAUGCCCAUGGCAUUCUUCAUCAAUCUUCUUGUGUCGAUACUCCAUCUCAAAAUGGGGUUGCAGAAUGAAAGAAUCGUCAUCUCCUUGAGACAGCCAGAGGUUUGAUGUUUCAGAUGCAUGUUCCAAAAUCCUUUUGGGCUGAUGCUGUUUCCACAGCUUGUUUUUUAAUAAAUCGCAUGCCUUCUUCCAUUCUUAAGGGUGAGAUACCUUUUCGUACUUUACGCCCCAAGCAAAAUUUGUUUCCCAUUCCACCCAAAAUAUUUGGUUGUACCUGCUUUGUUCGGGAUGUUCGGCCUUAGCAUACCAAGCUGGAUCCAAAGUCCUUAAAAUGUCUUUUCUUUGGUUAUUCCCGUGUCCAAAAGGGGUAUCGGUGUUAUUAUCCUAGUCUAAAUAAAUAUUUCAUCUCUCCUGAUAUCACGUUUUUUGAACAUACCCCAUUUUUUCCAUCACCAUCAUUCUCUCCGAAUAAGAGUCAGGGGGAGCAUAAGGAAUUAGAGGAUGAUUUCCUUGUCUACACAGUUAUUUCUCCCUCCGAUCCUCUUCUUGAUUCAUCUCUACCUGUGGCUACCUCUACUCUUCCACCCAUCGUUAAGGUCUAUACUCGACGACAACUUCCUUCAGUUCCAUGUCUUGUACCAGAGUCUUCUUCGUCAGUGGAUCCAGAAACGAGUGAUGAUCUCCCUAUUGCUUUUCGUAAAGGUAAACGUACAUGUGCUCAUCCUAUUUCCUCUUUUGUUUCAUAUAACCAUUUGUCGUCUUCCACAUGUUCAUUCAUUGCAUCCUUAGAGUCUAUAUCCAUUCCUAAAACUGUUCAUGAGGCUUUGUCUCAUCUGGUUGGUGUGCCGCAAUGGUGGAGGAGAUGACUGCCUUAGAUGAUAAUUGUACUUGGGAUUUAGUUUCUCUCCCUGCAAGAAAGAAGGCUAUCAAUUGCAAAUGGGUGUUUACAUUUAAAGUCAAUCCUGAUGGUUCUGUUGCUCGGUUAAAAGCGCAUCUUGUAGCGAAAGGCUACACACAAACUUAUGGUGUUGACUAUGCUGAUACUUUUUCUCCUGUAGCAAAAAUGGCAUCUGUGAGGUUGUUUAUUUCAUUAGCUUCAUUAAUCAUUGGCCUUUACAUCAACUUGAUAUUAAAAAUGCAUUUCUUCAUGGUGAUCUUCAAGAAGAGGUGUAUAUGGAGCAACCACCAGGGUUUGUUGCUCAGGGGGAGAAUGGAACAGUGUGUCGCCUUCGUAAAUCCUUGUAUGGUUUAAAGCAGAGCCCACGAGCUUGGUUUGGUAAAUUUAGUCAGGUGAUUGAAAGCUUUGGAAUGCGGAAGAGCAUGUCUGAUCAUUCAGUCUUUUUUAAGAGAUCUGAGGGUGGUGUCAUCUUGUAGUCAUAUAUGUGGAUGAUAUUGUGAUUAUUGGUGAUGAUGCUGUAGGUAUCCAGUCUCUAAAGACCUUUCUUCAUAGUCAAUUUCAUACAAAAGAUUUGGGCAUGUUGAAAUACUUCUUAGGAAUUGAGGUAAUAAGAAGCAAGAAAGGAAUUCUAUUAUCAUAGAGAAAAUAUGUACUUGAUUUGUUGACUGAAACAGGAAAGCUAGGGGCCAAGCCAUGUAGUACCCCAAUGAUGCCCAACUUACAGUUCACAAAAGAUGGAGAAUUGCUAAAAGAUCCUGAAAGAUAUAGGAGGUUAGUGGGAAAACUUAAUUACCUUACAGUGACUCGACCCGACAUAGCCUAUUCAGUAAGUAUUGUGAGUCAGUAAAUGUCAUGUCCUACAGUUAAUCAUUGGGCUGCAUUGGAACCGAUUCUUUGUUAUUUGAAGGCUGCUCCUGGGCGUGGUUUAUUAUAUAAGGAUUAUGGUCAUACUAAUAUUGAAUGUUUCUUAGACGCCAAUUGGGCAGGAUCUAAAGAAGACAGAAGAUCAACUUCAGGGUAUUGUGUUUUUGUUGGUGGUAAUUUGAUUUCUUGAAAGAGUAAGAAGUAAAAUAUGGUGUCACGUUCAAGUGCAGAAUCAGAAUAUAGAACAAUGGCACAAUCUGUGUGUGAAUUGAUUUGGAUAUAUGAACUUCUUGUUGAGUUGGGAUUUGAAAUCACCACACCGACAAAGUUGUGGUGUGAUAAUCAAGCAGCACCUCAUAUUGUGUCUAAUCCAGUAUUUCAUGAAAGAACUAAACCUAUUAAAGUUGAUUGCCAUUUUGUACGUGAGAAAAUUCAACAAGGGUUGGUAUCUACAAGAUAUGUGAAGACUGGAGAACAAUUACGAGAUAUCUUCACGAAAGCAUUGGAUGGAAGACGUAUAGAUUAUCUAUGUAACAAGUUGGGCAUGAUUAACAUAUAUGCUCCAACUUGAGGGGGAGUGUUAUAAUCCUAUAGUUAGGGUUUUUCAUUCUUGUAAAUAUUUUGUGAUAUUUUCCUUUUCUAUGCUUUGUACACUUGUA